GCGUGGACAAAUAUUGCGGCUCGGCGAGAGGAGUCCUGGAGGAGAAGAAGAAGACACCUUGUUUUCGGAAAACAUUUCGCGUGUCGCGGAUAAUAACGAGGAACGCGUCGAGAGUACUUUUCUUGUUUAUGCGUGGAUGUCGGUCACGAUGACCCGCGUUUCCUUAUUUAGUGUGUAUCCCCGAUCUAUCGGAAGGGUGGCCCGACUCGGACCUGUAUACAGAUUUCGUAAGACCGAGUCUUUCGCAACGAUGCAACGCUAAGUCACCUCGCACUUCCACCUCGCGGAUGUAGAUACAUACCUUGCUGAAAUUUUCGCAGUAUCAGGACGACCCUGAUCCGAUGCGCUUCGCGUCGAUCGUGCGACGUUAUAAAAGGGAAGCCUUCAACGGGACGGUGUCACCGGAUUAAGGAUUUCGACGCCGAUUUCGACGCCGAUUUCGACGCCAAUUUCGAGCGUCCGCGAGGACGGGAGUGCGGGGACGUUGACCAUUUUUCCAUUCUUUUCAAGUGUCCAGGGAAACUGUCGGGGCGAAAGUAGAAUCUUCAAGAAUUAGGAUUUUGUACAAAAUUCCAUCCCAGUGUUAACGUUUCCUAUCUGGACUUCUGUAUCGCGGUAUCGAGUUUUUCGGAAGCGUCGAGCCGGUGAUGCCCCCGAUUAAUUUUAUCUGAAAUUUUGUCGAAAAAUGAUUUUAAGGCGGCAUUAAAAAUGGAAGUCUGUCGAAUUAUUUUUAUUCUGUACGCGCUUUUUGUGCCGAGUUAUUCCGAGAAUCUUGACCCUGGUCCUGAUAUUCGGUUCUCGGUCGAUCGGCCUUCUGGGCUCCCGGACUCGGAAAAUUUGUUGGAUUUUGCGAGCGGAGAAAAUGAAUCCGCAAGCAGAGGGAAGAGGUCAAUGGUCCUCCUCGUACCCGUUGCCCAAAACGAGAAAGAAGAAGGAGAGAUCGUGGAGGUGCACCGCAAGAAUAAACGCGGCAAGUCCGAAACACCGACUCGUAAAGUGAAAUUAUCCUGGGAACCCGAAGAGACCCGAAACAUUUUGGACAACGCGGAUGCCCAAAUCCCGCGUCUAUUCGAGGAAGAGAAAACUCCACGCGUGGCAAUGACGAACGAAGGAAGGAGGAAAAUAGACGACCAUCGGGAUCCAGAAAUCAGGUUGGUCAGAGCCGAAGAUGCCGAAGAUACCGAAGAAACCACCUCGAAAAAUCAUUCCGGCGAAGUGCAGAGGUUCGUUCGGCUGGCCACCAUCAGGAACCCGAGGACGAAGCGGAAGAAGAUCCUAAAAACGAUAUCGGGCUCCAAUUUGAAGCCCAAGGAAUUUAUAUCGCUGGUGGGCAAAGAGAUGGAGAGGAUGAAGGCUUAUAAAAAAAGAAACUACGUUUGUUACUGUCACGAGGAGGACUGCGAAAAUGAUCCAGAGUUGGCUACGAGGUGUGCCUUGAGAAAGGUUCUUCCAGACUCGGAGGGCAAUUUCAACAUUUUGGGAAUGAGCGACAAUGACGAAGCGAUAGGAAUUCCGCAUGACGCAAAUGACGUGAUUAACUUGGGCCAGCAAAUUGUAUCAGGAAUGCCGACUCAAGUUUUAGUAGGCCAAGUCCCCUUCGACGGUGCUCCGCGGAACGAUUAUGGUAAUGUUCCUCAAAAUGUGUUUUUUAAUCCGUACGAUGGCACGCCCACGAAAAUGCGACUUCCCUUGAUUUCUUCGGGAACAUCCGGUCCGCAGUUCUCUCCGCAAGGUGCAUACCAAACCCAGUCGUACGUUCCCAUGCGAGGUCUGCAAAACGAACAGCUUCGGAGUCCUCUAACGGUGGAUCUUAACUACAAAUGCCCUCCUCUAGAGGAAGAGUUGCAAAAAUCGAGUCGUUUCGAUUAUGGAGACCACGAUCUACCUUCUAAAAUGUCAUCGGACCAAGAUCGGACCCAGGUCCACGACACUUCAAAAAAGGUGUUGCCACAUUCACCCGACGAUAAGGGGGUCGCGUUAUCAAAGAACCCCAUGACCAUUGUCGAACACCCUACCAAAAAUGCCUUUAUCGAGCAAAGUUCCGCCGAUGGCGAGGAUACUUCGUCGCAGGAUAUCGAGGAGAUUCCAGGAUAUCGAGAAGACGAGUCUGCCUCGAUUCCCCUGGAAGAACCUCCGGCUAGUGAACGAGACGAAGGAAAAGAGGAGAAAUUAGUCGAUCACCUAAAGGCUCCGAUAGAUUACGAGGAGGUGGAUGACAUUUCUCCAACUUAUUACCUGGGCAUAACUUCGUCACCGAAAUUGGAUGAUAAAUUGAAAGCGGACGUCGUGGCAUCUUCGCUUUCGAAACCCAAGUUUGGUCACGGUGGUCAAGGUUUGGUACUGCCUGCUGGUAGUUUGGAUGAUUCGAGUGAUGACGAAGAAUCCGCGGAUGUAAGUACCGAGUACUACCUGCCUGGAUUGACUUCGUAUAACGUUAAAUACAAUAAUUACCCUAUUGUUGGGGAUCGUGUGUAUGGAGCGUAUGAUUACGGCCAGUUCCCCCCGCCUUAUUACAAUUUUCGCGGACAUAUUCCGAUCCCACCGGGCGCGCAUCGGGGACAUUACCCUGCAAAUUAUGGACAACAAUUAGGUUACGGGAAUCCCACGAUUUUACCCAAGUACCACGAAGACCAUGAAAACAAGCCCGAAGAUGUGCUUCGUGCAGACCAGGAUUACGACGACCAAGAAGAAGUCGAUGCGCAUCCUCCAGAGGAUUACUUCGACGUUCACGAAGAUCGAUCGGCAUCUACGAAAGAAUUGCCUUCCGAGGAAUAUCUGUACUUGCCUCCCACCUCGCAGAAGGUAUUUACUAAUAAAACUCGUCCAACGGCCAAACCCGGAAACGAAAACACGGGAACAGGAAGAGAUUCGACGUUGUCCUCGGUCUUUGAUGCCUCGAGGAAGCUAAAGACGGACGACCGUUCCGAUACCAACGAAGGACGGUUUAAUGAUUUUGGUCACGUCCAAGGAGAUAUAUUAUCGGCUGAGAAAGGUUUCCCAAGUUAUGAGUCUUCAUUGUAUGACGGUGAAUCUUCCGGUGAAGUUGUCGAAGAAGUGGUACCCGGCGAAGAGCGGCCUCAAGGCUUCGAUGAGGCCGAAAUAGAAUUAGUUCCUGAAGAUCGAGAUGUCAUUGAAGAUUUAGUAGAAGGAAAACGGAAGAUUGUACAAGCGGUGGAAGACUCGACGAAGACUGCGAUUCAACGGAAAAAACCUCUUCUGCUUCGGCAACAACCGAAAACUCAUCAAGGUGCGACAGAUGUAGAUGAUGGCAUUUCAGACGAAAUUUCGCAUAAGCUGAAGGCCAUCGCAAAGGAAAAACAAACUUUACCCGAAAACCCGAGAUUAUUAGCAGUUCCAUCAAAGCCAAGUAAACCAAUUUUGGAAGCAACUGAAAACGAAUCUUUAGUCAACGAAGGUAUCCCGAAAGAUGAAGAUAUUGUUGCAGAAGCGUCUUAUGUCCCGAGUGCUGAAGAUGAAUCGGUCGAUUCGAAAGUAAAAUCGAGCUUUCCAAAAAUCGGGGACAGAAUCGAGACCAAAAAUGUUCCGUUGAAUAAACCUGCAAUUCCCGAAGGGAAACAUUACACCUUCGGUUCAGAAUACGCAGAAAAUGACGUUGAAAAUUCAGGCGAAGUUUACGACAGCCCUGAUACGUUGAAUCUACACGAUCUAAAAUCGGAAAUUGAAGAGGAAUCUCAAGCCAAGACUUUGGCGGUUGCCGAAGAUGUAUCGGACUUGGGUCCUGGAAGGGUCGCUUUAGUUAGCGAAAAGCAACCUGAAAAGGUGCUCCAUGUGGUUGCUGAACAUCCCGAAACUUUAAUGAAAAGUGAUGAAUUAUUUAAAUCGCAAGUGUCGGUAACUCAAACACCGGAAGUGCAGUAUUCCGCUGGGAUUUCUAAAGAACAUUACAAGGUACCAUUAUUAGACGUUUCCGGUUCUCUUUCUAUGCCUGAAUACCUGUCCGAAGAAACGGAAGAAGAAACCACCCUGACGCACGAUGAUCUUGAACAUGUUGUCGGAGAUCGAUCAUCGGAAGAGGACGCGAAUCGUCCAGAAGAAGAAAUCCUAAAAAACACCAGCGUAACUCAGAUCUCUGUGAUAAAAGACGAACUCCUACCUGACGAAAUGAUUGCGCAAACGGGUCCUUCGUUUGUACCCGAAACGUAUGACUUUAGUGAUUAUCCAACCGAAAAAUCAACUUUCCUGGCUAAAACACAACCUGUUCAACCUGAAGACAAAGACUCGUACUCGAGAAAGGAAAUACCUCUUGCGAUUGCCGAUGAACUAAAGAAAUCUGAUAUCGUUACUUCUGUUGAUCGCAAAAAAAUCAUUUUGGGAACUCCUAAACAUGUCACGAUCGACCAGGAACCCUUUGAAAUAGAUUCUAAGGAUAAGCAAGAACUUUUAGAUAUUUUUGAAACAAUCGAUGAGAUCAAUGAGGAAAUGGGCCCCAUUGACCAAGAUCAGCUUCUGGGAAUUAUUCGGAGAAUCAGUGAAAUCGUUCAGAAGCCCAUUCUUACCGAUUCGAUAAACCAGGAGCAGACCUUAGAUAUUAUUAAAAUUAUUGACGAAAUCGGGAAAAAGUCAAUUGACACUGGCAUCAUUGAUCAGAGCCAAAUCUUGGAGAUUAUUAAAUUACUUGAUCACAUAGCCAAGAAAACUAAUCAGGUUGAUUCAAUUAUCCUGAAACAGAAAAUGGUGGAUAGCACUCACUCGGAUGACGAAGUGGAAAAGAAACUUGAAGUUAAUCCUCAGGACCAUGUUUUGAAAAUCUCUAAAAUUCCCAAGCCUGAGGAGAAACCUCCCGUUGUAGAAAAAAUGGUUGAAAUCGUCAAGCAACCCAUUCAAUCUAAUUCCGUUAAUCAACAGCGAUUACUAAAUUUCAUAAAAAUAUUUGAGGAAGUCAAUCCACAAUCUGUUGAAGUGGACUCUGCUGAUCAACAGCUACUUGUAAAUAUUGUUCAGGAAAUUGGCGACAUUGUCAAGAGACCUGUUAACUCGGACAAUGUCGAUCUUGAUGAACUCUUAAAAAGUGUAAAGACGAUCAGUGCGAUCGGAAAAGAAUCUGCUCAAACUGGAAUUAUCGAUCACAAGCAACUGUUGAAAAUUAUCGAAGCGAUUGACGCGUUAAACAAAAAAUCUGCAGAAUUAACUUUAAUUGAAAAAGAACUACCUACGAAAGAGUCACAAAUAAUUCUUGAACUUCCGAAGCAAUCGAAAAUUUUAAAACCCGUUGGUCCCAAAGAAACUGUUUUGGAAAGCCCUGAAACAAUUAUUGAAGUCGCUAAACAACCGAUUAAAAUUGAUUUUAUUACACAGCGACAAUUAUUAAAUUUGAUAAAGUCAAUUGAAGGAGUCAAUCCGAAAUCGGUUAAGGAAGGUUCCGUUGAUCAAGAAGAGCUCGUAAACAUUGUUCAGGACAUUGGUACAAUUGUUAAGAAACCUAUUGACGCGAAUUCAAUCGAUCUCGAUGAACUUUUAAAAUUUAUAAAGACGGUUAGUGCAAUUGGGAAGAAAUCGGCUCGAAGUGGCUCCUUUGAUCAGAAACAAUUGUUGAAAAUUAUCGAAGCAAUUGAUGCAUUGAACAAGAAAUCUAUUCUAUUAAGUUCUCCGGGGCAGAAAAUCGUGGAAACCCAUGUAGUAACUGACAAAACCCCUCCAAUAAUUCAUAAAACUGAGAAAAAGCCUCCGAUUGUAAGUGUGAUUAAUCAAGAGCAGACAAUAACAGAAGCUCCAACAAUUGUUCAAAUCGCUAAGCAACCUGUUCAGCCUGAUUCUAUCGAUCGGCAGCAUUUGCUCUAUCUGAUGAAAAUGAUCGAAGAGAUCAAUCCACAAUCUAUUGAAGAGAGCUCUGCUGAUCGAGAACAACUUGUGAACAUCAUUCAGAAAAUUGGAAAAAUUAUUAAGCAACCCGUUCAAACGGACACAAUCGAUCUGGAUCAGUUUUUAAAGAUUAUAAGCACGAUAUCUGUGAUAGGACAAAAAUCUGCUCAAACGGGAACUAUUGAUCAGAAGCAGUUGAUGGAAAUGAUCGAAGCGAUCGAGGCAUUUAACAAAAAAUCCGCUGAAUUAAGUUCAGCUAAACAAUCCGCGAAAGCUUAUAAAACGAUUCAUGGACUUCCACAAAAACCUGAUAUCGUAAUUCCUGCUGACCACAGAAAAAUGGUUUUAAAGGUGGGUUCACCGAGUCAUGAAAUCCGACUUCAGGCAUCAAAAAUCAAAGGAACAAAGGAGCCCGUUCAAAUAGACCUCGAAGAAGAACCCGAAGUGGAGGCUGCCUCGAUCGGUGAAGGUAUGAAGAAACAAGCCAAAAUCACAUCCAAGGAAGAGCAAGAAGAGCAACGACUCUUGGAAGCUGCCCUGAAGAUCAUUUUCAAUGAAUUCGUGCCGGAGAAUGUUAAGAAAGAGAUCGGGAAAAAUCGAGUCGCAGGAUCCGAAGAGGUGGUAGGAGCUGGGAUCCUAAACCUUCUUCCAGAUAUCCUUCACCUUCCUAUCUUGAGGAACCUCUUCGCUCUUCCGAUAGUGGAGAACAUGCUGGUAGAUUCUGUAAGAAGUGUCCUGUCUUUGAUAAGAGGAUACUCUGGUCAGGGUUUCAUCGAGAGACUAUCGGACGGUGUUAUCAGGUCAGGAAUAAAAAACGUCCUUGACCUUAUCAAAGGUGAGUCCGAUAAUGGGCCGAUCAAGGUUGAGGAGCAUCAGCUUAGAGAUGGACAAUGGGUUGUCGAAGAGAUCACUUUACCUCCUCCUCGGACCUACCCCAAACCGCGAACAAUUCCUCAGUUGUUGAGGAACAUAAUCGUGGAUUCUGGGAUGUGGAACAUCCUCGGGCAAUCCAGAUCCAGCGAAAACCCCCUGGAAUAUCCAAUCAUCGAGAACGUCGUCCUGGAGACCCUGAAGACCACCUUACAGGACUACAACAUUCCCGAAGACGAGCCUGUAGACGACUCCUUGAUUCGGGAGAUCAUCGGAAGUGCAAUCGAUGAUCAGCCGGAUAAAUUGAUGGAGCUUCCGAGGAUCCUGCCAAAGAAGCCGAAAGUGACAGGAUUUCAUGCCGUGCCAGUAAUUCCCGAAGAGAAACACCAGUUCAAAUCUGAAGAGUGGAUCGCAAAACACACCUUGCUGGGGAAGAAACCUGGAAAGGCCCUUCCUAAGUCGGAAGUGACGCUUCCGUCCAGGAAUGAGGACAGGGACUGGAAGAAGGAAACUUACUUCUCGACCCUGAAGAAGCAGCGCCUCGAGCAGGAGAAAACGGGAUUCAGCAAGAGCGACCAAAUGCAGAUGACGAUUAAGGAAAAUGUCGAUGACAAUGGAUCCAAACUGAUGGUCUCGAGUGAAAAUCCCUUGCAAUCGCCUCGCGUCCUUCAAGACGCUUUCCACGAAUGUCUGAGAAAGUUCCCGAUACUGCAAGUUGCUUCUUCAGCGGAGGUCUGGAAAAAUUCGAAGAAAAUGGACCAGCGAGUCGUGCCUAUUGUUCCUCUUCGGGAAGGGCAAAUCAAAUCUUCCGAAUCACUCAGUAAAUAUACGUUGGGAGUCCCUGGAAAGGUUCUGGGGAGGUCGAAGAACGAGGAAGAGGAGGAGUGGAAGAAGAAACUGCAGGAAGCUGCGCUGAAGAGGGAAAAAUUAGGAAAAACUAAGGAAAGCGGAAUUAGCCAGACCCUGAAGAGGUUGGAGGGCAUGGAUGACUUGGGAUCAAAAUUGCUAUUCGCCAGCGAAGAAACCGUCAUCGAGUCUCCUCUCCUGUCGGAAACAACUCUUAAGGAAUGUCUGCGAAAAUUUCCUAUUUUGCGAGUUACUCCUCCCUCGCAGGUUUUGCAGAGUCCUUGGAGAACGGGGUACAAGUUGAUGCCGAUUGUCCCGAUCGAAGAGCAUCAAUUUAGGUCGGGAGAAUGGAUGUCGCAAAAAACCUUGCUAGGAGGAUUGCCUGAAAAUUCCGCCUUGACAUUAGGUACUAACAAAUUUGGAAAUAAAAUGACAGAAAAGUGGAAGAAUAAACUACAGGACGCGGAAUUGCAAAAAUUUCUUAAAAGCGUGCAAGGAAACUCCGAUGAUUUUGAUACGAAAUUGCCGGAUGUUAGUUCGGAAACUGUUGAAAAGUUGACUUUGACUUUAGAGAAAACUUCCAAAGAACGCUUUCCGAGUGCUUCCAGGCCGCAUAUAAUUCCUUACAAGGAAAUCUUGAAAAGUCCACGACCGGAAGAUUACAUGCUUCUCGGGGAGUCAACCGAAGAUGUUGAUAAUAAUGAAAAUGAUUACGUUAUGGGAACCCGCAAGGAAUACGUAAUCAAAGAGCAGUCAUUAUCAGCUCCGCCGAUGGAAGAGGAUCUUCUAUUAUCACCGAAAUCUGGAGUAGAGAAAAAAUUGGAGUUUACCAAAAACGUUGACGAGGUGAAAAAAGCACCUGUAUACGAGGUCGUAUCCGAAGAUUCAGCAAGUUAUGAUGAUUCGAAGGUUGACGAAAUUCUUUCGCAACCUCAAAUUAGAGAAUCCGUAGAAGAAGGUAAUUACGAAGAGGAAUUGUUAUCGCAAAUUCGAAACAGAGUCGAAAAUUUAAAGUCCCUCGAGAGAAACUUCGAACGCGUUGAAGAAACUCCCGAGGAGUCGGCCAUCCAUUUCGAGGUUUCAACGGUUAAAGAAGCGGUGCAACCAGAUGAAGAAUUAUUCGAAAAAAAUUUCAAUCAACUGAUCACGCCUCGACCGGAUGAAAUUACAAUGGAAAUUGGAAAUGCGGAAGAAUUUUAUCCUCGGUCCGAUAAUAAUGAGAACUUGGAGUCAGCGACAGACAAGAAACUGGGAAAUGUCAAGUCAAAAUCGAAGGUCCUGAAUUCUUUUGGAAGUGGAUAUAAAGUAUCCAACGACGAUUCGGUUUUGUCAGAAUUAAUUCAAACUCCUCGGUUCGAGCAUCUUCCCUUCCUGGGCAGAAUCGCGCCUCAAAAUCGAGAUCUCGUUGCCGACGAAAUCUCGGAUUUCGAAAAUACGGAUCUCUAUUAUAUCGGAGAUGGGGUAAGGCUGCCAUUGGUAAUUACAAAGCUAAAAGAUGGAUCGUUUGCUCUGUCGCUCUCGGCUCGGUUUUGCGAUCGGAUUAUCAACGAAAAGUGUCCCUGUUGCGUUCCGAAAAACGGAAACAUCGUACAAGAAAAGAGACGCCGUCAGUUGAGCGAAGAAAGCUUCUCGAGCGGGGAAAAUUUCUCAAAAUCACGAAAAUCCGAAGAACGGGGAAGCGGGGAUAAGGAAUCCAGAGAAAUCCAGGAAAGCGACAGCACCCGGCCCAAAAAACGAACCUCGAGGUCUACCACUCGACCGAUUUACGAAAAAAAGAAUUAUCUGCAAUUGUUCAAAAAAUCGAAGAAGCGGUCGCCGCCCCCGAAACUCUCCGGCAUGUCUAUCGAGGGUUUCGCGAAAAAAUACAACUUGUCCUUAAACCUUGGCGAGGAUUUUUCGAGACCUUCUUCCGAGAGCGAGGGAUCCCAGGACGACGUGCGGAUCAAUUUUGAAAGCAACGACAAAGUCCAAAAGCACUCUAGGAAUUCGCUGCGAGAGCACGACAAGCCACUCGAAAUAAGAAACGAGGAGAAAUCAGGGAAAAAUUGGAGCGCUACGAAAGGGAACGAAUCGAGCCGGAAAUCAGAAAAUUUGGAUCCGAUUAGAAAAUUGAUUUCGAUCAACGAGGUUCCAGGAAAUAAAAAAGUAGAGGUGGUCCUGGACGCUUUAGACGAACUGAUGGAAUCGGAGCCGACCGACGUGUACACCCUGAUGGACGGCCACAAGAGGAAAAUUGGGAGCUGGAAUAGAGGCAAAAUACCGGAAGAAGGAGCUGGAGAAGACGACGAGGACAUCGACAAAUACGGAUACCAGGUGAAUAAUCCGAUUCUGAAGAGAAUCAAGUUCAUCAAGAAGAGGCAGAACGAAGAGGGCCACUACAGAUACCAGCGCGGCAACCACAGGACGGAAAUGCUGAAGACGUUCCUGCACUGGCUGAAAGAAGUCAUGACGGGUGGAGGAAAUGCCACGAGUUGACGACGAUAUACCUUGUAUGUACAUAAUCGGACGUUUCUUCGUCCAGAGGCAUCGGACCCUCUCGCGGAAAAAUGUAUCUCGACUACCGUAGUUAAGGAUGGAUUCUAAAUGAAUAAAUAUGCGAUUGACGACUAACCGAUAACGUCAAUUAGCUAGUUAACGUUAAGUAACGUUAUGCUUUACGUAGCACCAUCGCUUAGAUUUAUAACGGACGUUGGACUAAACAAAACGAAACAA